UCACUGCCAUUACAUAUUAACAUGUUUACAUCACUUGGCAUCUUCUUCUUUCCCGCCUAAUAUAGCGCAAACCAUAACCAAAUCAACAAAUCCUUUCUCUUUCACUUCAUCUCGAUUAAUACCUCUCUACUCUAAAAUUCUGCCAUGUCCUAACCCUAAAAAAUAAACAACCAAAAAGGAAACUAUAGAUUUUUGUCAGAUCUUCAGAAAUGGGGAACUGUCAGGCGGCGGAGGCGGUGGCGGUGGUGCAACACCCAGGAAAUGGUAAGAUUGAGAGAAUGUAUUGGUCGAUCAGCGCUAACGAGGUCAUGUGUUCGAAUCCUGGUCAUUAUGUUGCGCUGGUUGUUGUUGAAUCUUCUAAUCCAUCAUCACCUGUGAAGCACCAACUUAAACUUCUUAAGCCUACUGAUACUUUGCACGUUGGCCAAGUUUAUCGUCUCAUCUCUUUUGAAGAUGUUAUAAAGGAGUUUGCGGGUAAGAAAUCUUUGAAAUUAGGGAAAUUGCUCAAGGAAAGUGGUGUUUUGAAAUCUGAUGCGCGAAGAUCUAAACUCGAUCACAAACAGAUAGAGCAGGCCGCACCUGGGGGCUGGGACCAUGAGUAGCAUUAGCAGGAGCAGCAGACGCGUGAGUAGGCAUCAUGGUGGUGGGGUGCAAUGGAAGCCUGCAUUGCAUAGCAUUGUUGAAUUCGGAAGUUGAUCACCUUUCUUUCCCUUCGUUUUUUUGUACUUUCCAUCUCUUUAAUAAGCAACAAACAUUUCGGUUCUUUAUUUAAAUUGUACAACUUUACUAAUGUGGGUGUUCCUGCUAAUCUGUAUCAUAUAGGACUAAUCAAACCUGCUUUCUAGCUCC